AUGCGUUGUUCUUCAUGGAAAAAGAUGGUUGCCGCUCUCUCAACACUGUUUCUCUUUCAUGAACUUGGCUUCGCCUACGAAGAUCUAGGCUUCCCUUUUAUGCACCUAGCAACAACAGCUCCAGUGGUGUCAUACUACGAUUACAUUAUCGUUGGGGGAGGCACUGCCGGCUGCCCUCUAGCUGCGACACUUUCCCAAACCUCCUCCGUACUCCUUCUAGAACGUGGAGGCUCUCCAUUCAAUAACCCCAACAUCACACACUUAUCAACAUUUGGGGCUGCCCUCUCAGAUCUCUCCCCAAAAUCCCCUUCCCAACGUUUUGUCUCUGAGGACGGCGUAUUUAAUGCCAGGGCCCGUGUGCUGGGGGGUGGAACCUCCCUAAAUGCCGGUUUCUAUUCACGGGCUGGAUCAGAUUUUGUUGCUAGCGUAGGGUGGGAUCCAAAGUUGGUCAAUCACUCAUACCGGUGGGUUGAAAGGAUGGUGGCUUUUCAUCCCCCUGUGAGACAGUGGCAGUCUGCAGUUAGAAAUAGCUUGUUAGAGAUUGGCAUACGCCCAUACAAUGGCUACACACUUGACCAUUUAUAUGGUACAAAAGUAGGACGGACUAUUUUUGAUGCAAAUGGACGUAGACAUACCGCUGCAGACCUGCUUCAUUAUGCAAACCCUGCUGGGCUCACAAUUUAUUUACGCGCACCUGUUAAGAAAAUACUAUUUACAGCUGAGGGGAAAAGAAAGCCAAGAGCCAAAGGGGUGAUCUUUACAGAUGCAAGUGGGCGAAGGCAUUGGGCUUACUUAAGAAGAGGGCCUAGUAACGAAGUUAUAGUUUGUUCCGGAGCACUAGGAAGCCCGCAACUUCUAAUGUUGAGUGGGAUUGGCCCACAGGAACACCUUGAUGACCAUGGUAUAUCUGUGGUUUUGAACCAACCCUUAGUGGGUCAAGGGAUGUCCGAUAAUCCAAUGAAUGCAGUUUUCAUACCGUCUCCUAGACCGGUUGAGGUGUCUCUCAUUGAAGUCGUUGGCAUCACUAGCAAUGGAAUUUACAUCGAGGGCGCGAGCGGUGAACACUUUUCUGGUGGAACUCGAACCAGGCGUGAUUUUGGGAUGUUUUCCCCAAAGAUUGGACAAUUUGCGACUUUGCCACCAAAACAGAGAACAGAAAAGGCGCUAAAUAGGGCAAUAGAGGCAAUGAGGUUCCUUCCCCGAAGUGCUUUCGUUGGAGGGUUUAUCUUGGAAAAGAUUAUGGGUCCACUGUCACGGGGUCAUCUUAAGCUUAGGUCAUUAAACCCAAAUGACAACCCUUCAGUCACAUUUAAUUACUUCAAAAACCCGGGAGAUCUGGAAAGAUGUGUUGAAGGGAUCAAAAUUAUUGAAAGGGUGAUUGAAUCAAGAUCAUUUUCAAGAUUUCGCUACAACUACCUUCCCAUCUCACGUCUUCUACGCAUCAUGACUAAUUCGCCAGUAAAUUUGUUGCCUAAACAUGCAAAUGCAUCUAGAUCUUUAGAACAGUUUUGUAGAGACACAGUUAUGACCAUAUGGCAUUACCAUGGAGGGUGUCAAGUCGACAAAGUGGUGGAUAGUGAUUAUAGAGUUUUUGGUGUGGAUGCACUUAGGGUCAUCGACGGUUCAACUUUUGAUUUUUCUCCUGGAACUAAUCCUCAAGCUACUGUAAUGAUGCUUGGAAGGUACAUGGGUGUUAAACUGUUGCGCGAGAGACUUUCAAAAGAUGGAAUACUAUAA